AAUCAUAAUUACCAAAGAUAUGAUACGGUAAUUUGGUAUCUUUCUGCAAUCCAUUUAUGAUCAAAUUUACUGUUUUCUACGUUGAAUAACGUUUUAAUAGUCACUUUAUCACGAUCUAAACUGAACAAAGGACAUAUUUGUUAUCUGCAAAUAUGUCCAAGCUUUUACUACUGUGUUUGGCGAUUUUCGGCCUAACAUCGGCUGACCACCCAGCAUGGCACAGAGAUUUCGAACCAAUCCCCAUAACUGACAAUACAACGAGAAGCAUUGAACAGGUUUAUAGAUUACCAGAGACAGUUAAACCAUUGGAAUACGAUAUUUAUUUAGAUUUGUACUUCGCUGAAAGAACAGACAGGCCCUUCAGUUAUGAUGGUAGAGAGACCAUCAUUAUAGAGGCAGUAGCAGAAGGCGUGACUCAAAUUGUUCUACAUUCAAACGUGGACAGCAUCAACGCUGUUUCUGUGCUAACGGAAGGUGGCGCACCAUUCCCAGUUAAUACAAGGGAGCCUUUCACACUGGAGCCUCAGUAUCAUUUCCUAAAAAUUAAUUUGAACGAACCCCUUGUUGUUGGACAGAAAUACUCUUUGUAUAUUGAAUAUUCUAGCACAAUGAACGAAGGCCCAAUGAAGAGGGGUAUUUGGAGGGGAUGGUACAUCGACAACGAUGGUACAGAAAGGAUCUACGCGACAACACAUUUCCAGCCGUAUAAUGCGAGACAGGCAUUCCCAUGCUGGGACGAGCCACUGUUCAAGUCAGUCUUCAAACUCCACGUCUCGAAGCCAAAAUCCUACACCGGCACGUUCUCAAACACUGGCGUCGAAACUUUUAGGUUUGAAGAAGCUGAUCGCAUUCGAAGCAAUUUUCUGGCGACACCAAAAAUGUCUUCGUACCUGGUUACGUUUCUUGUUAGCGAAACUUUCCAAGUAUUGGCCGAGGACACUUCCUUCACUCCGCCUGUAAGGAUCAUUGGCCGGUCCAACACAGCAGGUCUUGCCGACCACGCAUUGGAACUAGCAGUCCGUAUGACCAGAUACUAUGAUGAAUAUUUCGGGAUUCCGUACUCAACGCUGCAUCCAAAUCUGCUCAAUGAUCAUAUUUCUUCCCCUGAUUGGGCUUCGGCUGGCACAGAAAAUUGGGGAAUGGUCAGUUAUAGGGAACUCUACCUCAUCAUUGAUCCUCGUGAAACCGUCAUGUCCGUGGAGCAUUACGCUGCCACGUUGGUCUCCCACGAGCUCGCGCACAAAUGGUUCGGUAACCUGAUCACAUGUUACUGGUGGAGCAACACUUGGAUCAACGAAGGCUUUGCCAGUUACUUCGGGUACAUUCCCACCUCUCAGAUGUUUCCCGAGUAUGAGCAUCAUGAGCACUUUAACGCCCGCUACGUUUCGUCAUCGCUAUCGUUCGACUCUGGCGUCAGCACCGUGCCUCUGAACCAUGACGUAAACACACCAGCCCAAGUCACCGGCCACUUUGGAACCAUCAGUUACUCUAAGGGCGCCGUAUUCCUCAGGAUGACUGCUGACAUCAUCACCGAUGAGACUUUCCGAAAAGCUUGCCGUUACUUCUUGAUUAAUAACGCUUUCGAACCAACGGAUCAAUACGACUUAUUGAAAGCUUUCAAUCAAGCUAUAAUAGAAGACGGAAGUGUGUCUCAAUAUUCCAAUUUUAACUUUGAAGAGUACUACCGCAUUUGGGUCAACGAACCCGGAUAUCCGUUGCUGACGGUUACGGUUGACCAUGGUGACGGAACUAUUACUCUCAGUCAGGAACGAUUCUUCUUGAGUGCAUCUGCUACCCCGACAGACCAUAUAUAUCCAAUUCCUAUCACAUAUAGUAGUAAAAGCAAUAAUAACUUUGACAACGUCCGACCGGUCCAUAUAAUGACCACUAAGACUGAUGCUUUCAAUGUUGGAGUUAAAGGAGAGUGGGUUAUCUUCAACAAUCUUCAACACGGACAUUAUAGAGUUACAUAUGAUGAUACAACAUGGAAUUUGAUAGCAGAUGCUUUGCUUAACGAAAGAGAGUCUAUUCAUCAUCUAAAUAGAGCUGAGAUUGUGGAUGACAUCUUCGCCCUCAUGAGGUCGGGCAGAAUGACUUACAGUUUUGGUUUCAAAAUCCUUCGCUUCUUGCGCAGUGAAUCUAAUUACCACGUGUGGGAUGCAGCCAUCACUGGCUACACUUGGUUGAGAAAUAGACUCAGACAUUUACCAGAUCAAGCUACGUUUGACGCUUACAUUCUGGAAUUAAUGGAAACAGUCAUUAAUACUUAUGGCUUUGAUGCCGCGGCUAAUGAGCCUCCUACAACGAGUAUGGCAAGACAAACUGUACUACAAUUCGCUUGCAACCUUGGACACACAAAGUGCAUCCAAGAAUCGUACGACAAAUUCAGAGAAAUGAGAAGUGGUAAAUGGGUUAGUCCUCAGAUACGUCGUAACGUCUAUAUGACUGGCAUGAGAGAGGGAGACAGUUCAGAUUUCGAAUACUUACUAAACCGUUUUCGACAAUCGAACUUUGCUAACGAUCAGCUAGAAAUGCUCAGAGGAUUGGGAGCUUCUAAAGAUUCUCAAUUAUUGACUCGAUACUUGCAGUUGACCUUGACUAGGGAGGUGAGAUCGCACGAUAAAGCUACUUCCUUCAACUACGCUCUGCUCGGUAACCAAGAGAACGCUAACACGGUUCUCCAGUUCGUGAAGAACAAUAUUGCUGCUAUAAGAACGGCAUACAUUGAAGACGCUCCACCAACUCCAGUGCAUACAGCUUUGUCUAAUCUCGCUGCUUACCUUGAUGAAUCAGGUCUAGACGAAUAUGAAACUUGGCUACGUUCCACACAGACCAACAUACCGCAGUACAAUAGUGCGCUCUCAGCAAUUAAUUCGGCUCGGAGUAACAUUGCUUGGGGCACUGCUAAUGCCGAAAUGUUAUUAGCUGCUGCACGGGACAGUGCAACCGCAGUUGUGACGUCUGCUGCAUUAUUGGCUAUAACUACACUGUUUGCUUUAAUAAUGUACGUCAUGCAUCAUCUGACAAAAUUCUGCCUUCUGGCCGCUUUGGCUCUUGUCAGAACUGAUUUCCCACUGGACACAGACGAACCAGUCAAUCGAAGUAAUGUUGAUGAAACUAUUUAUCGAGUGCCCGAAGAUUUAGAUCCCAUACAUUUUGACGUGGAGAUCACUCCUUAUUUUGAAGCAACACAGACUGAUGAAGCAUUUACCUUUGAUGGUAUUGCCACGAUUCGGCUUAGGGCUGUAAAAGACAAUCUGAAUGCACUCAUCAUUCAAGAGAACGUUCGACACAUCGUCGCAGUCAGUCUGACCAAUACUGAUGGAGUUCCGAUUCGCUUGAAUACGAGGAACCCGUUUGAACGCAUAAGAGCUUACCACUUUUUGAAGAUUAAUCUUGCUGAAGGCGUUACUUUAGUCAACGGUCAAAUUUACAUAUUGACUAUCGAAUAUAUUGGUAACAUCAACGAAACCCCACUUUCUCGAGGAGUAUUCAGAGGGAAUUACAUCGGUGAUGAUGGAAAAUUGCAUUGGUACGCGGCAACACACUUACAGCCAACAAACGCCAGACAAGCAUUCCCGAGCUUCGACGAGCCCGGCUUUAAGUCUACUUUCAAUAUCAUCGUCAACAGACCUGCUCAUUUCACCGAGACUUAUUCCAACAUGCCAAUCAGGCAGACCAUACCAAUUGGCGACCGCGUUAAAGAAAUCUUUCACACUACUCCCAGAAUGUCAGCCUAUCUAGUUACAUUCCAUAUAAGUGAAGAAUUCACCGUUAUUGCUGACAAUAAUGAUCCUGUGAGGUCGUAUAGAAUUCUUGCAAGACCGAACGCCAAAGGUCAAGGUGAAUAUGCCUUGGAAGUCGGGCCCCCGCUAACCAAGUGGUUAGAAGAAUAUUUGAAUAUCGAUUAUUAUAGUAUGCAAUCUUUUAUGAAAAACGAUCAGAUUGCUUCGCCGUUUUGGGCUUCUGGAGCUACUGAGAAUUGGGGCUUGGUUACUUACAGAGAAGUUCGUCUCCUUUACGAACAAGGCGAAACAAAUGCACUAGACAAAAUGUACAUCGGAACUAUCACCGCUCAUGAACUCGCUCACAAGUGGUUCGGAAACUUGAUCACGGCCAGGUGGUGGGAUAACGUGUGGAUUAACGAAGGUUUUGCCAGCUACUUUGAAUACUUCGCUAUGGAUGGUGUUGAUCCCGAAUUAGAACUAGCUGAUCAAUUCAACUUGAUGUACAUGCAAAGCGCAUUAUCCACCGACGCUUCUGCAUCCACCAGAGCUUUACGUCAUACCGUGAACAGUCCAGCUCAAGUCACUGGUCAUUUUUCUGGAAUCAGUUAUUCUAAAGGAGCUUCCUUCCUGUUAAUGAUGAAGCACUUGGUUACAGAAGAUACAUUUAAGAAGGCUUUGAAUUAUUUCCUCAUAGAUAGGUCAUUUGAGUACGCCUCGCCGGAAAAUUUAUAUUCUGCUUUUGUGAGAGCAGUACGCGAAGAUAAUACACUGGAAACUACUUUCGACGUUGAAGAAUUCAUGAAGUACUGGGUUGACGAGCCUGGAUUUCCUCUUCUGGAUGUUGCAGUCAAUACAGAAACCGGAGUUAUCAGCCUUAAGCAGGAGCGCUUCUUCAUAAGUACCAGUGCAACACAAACUAAUCAAAUCUGGCCAAUUCCGUUGACCUACACAACUGGUAGCAACCCUAACUGGAACUCCCUGCGACCUUUGCACAUAAUGACCGCUCAGAAUGAUGAAAUACGUAUAACACCUGGAAACCAAUGGGUCAUCUUUAAUGUACAACAAAAAGGCAUCUACAGAGUGAACUAUAAUCAAGAAAACUGGGAACGUCUCGCUAAUGCUUUAAGCGAAGAUCAUACCAAUAUACAUCAUUUGAACAGAGCACAGAUCGUCGAUGAUGUAUUCGCGCUGAUGAGAUCAGAGAAGCUAAGUUUCGAUCUUGGUUUUCGUGUUUUGGACUUCCUCAAGAAAGACACCAGUUACUAUGUUUGGUAUCCGGCCGUCACUGGAUUCGGUUGGCUAAGGAACCGAUUUCUGCAUAUGCCUGAUGUGUUGGCCGAAUUUAAUACAAUUCUCUACACCUUCCUAGAAGCAGUCAUUGCAGAUCUUGGUUACGAUGUAGUUGACGGCGAACCCCUCACAAGGACCUUGAAUAGAUUUUUCGUUUUGUCAUUUGCGUGUAAUAUUGGGCAUGAUGGUUGCAUUUCUAAUGCUAUUCAGAAGUUCAAUGCUUUGAGGACUAGUGGUACCAGCGUCAAUCCUAACCUGAGACGCCAUGUUUUCUGCUCUGGUCUCCUUGAAGGUGGUUACAAUGAGUGGCGAUUCCUAUAUGAGCGCAGAAAGAACUCGAAUAACCAAGGUGACGAGGUCGCUAUGCUCAGAUCUCUUGGGUGCACCACGAACCCCCAGGCUCGACAGGAAUACUUAAGCAUGAUUUUGAGUGACGAUGUCAAAGCUCAAGAUAGAGUGAAUGCUCUCACAUUCUUCUAUAUGGGAGACCGUUCCAACGCUAAUGUAGCCCUGCAGUACUUGAAGGAGAACUUCGAGGAAAUCAGACAAGGAGUCGUUCUCCCCGCUUGGUUCGAUAACGUUAUUUCUAAUUUGGCUUCCUAUUUGAACGAAGAAGGACUCGAAGAUAUGGAAUCUUGGCUUCGGGCCAACCAAAACAUGAUACCCAACUUCAACGUUGGACUAAACGCUAUAAACUCGGCAAGAACAAGCAUGCAAUGGGGAACUGACAGAGCACAGGAGAUUCUGAAAGCAGCCAGAGGCUCUGCUGUUACCGUAUUGCCAACAUUCAUGCUGUUGGUCCCAACAUUAGCCAUGCUCGUUUUGAAGUAGUUGGAAGUAGCAUUUCAUCGUUGUCCAACCAAAAUCUGCUAUGUGCACUUUUUGAGAUUUUUACUUUUUGACCUUUUCGUAUAGUUCACAGCCCUAUCUAUCUACCGUAUAAAAAAACUGUUCUGUGUCUAUAUGGCUUUAAUAUUUAUCUAUAGCUUCCAUUUGAUAUAGUUCUUAAAAUUUCACCUUCAUAUAAAAUUUUAUACGAAAAUGUAUUUACUCGUUAAUUCAAAAUAGAGUUUUUGCACAUAGCAGAUUUUGAUUUGACAGCGACGAUUUGCCAAAAUUAAAGUUUGACAUAAACAUUGGUUUUAUUCAUUGUUAAUAAUUUAGCGUAACUUAUUUGAUGAUGUGAAAAUUGUUUAUAUUUGUAUUUUGUAAUAAAAAUAAAUCGAAUUUUUAAUAUA